ACGUUAAAAAUGCAGCGAUCUGACAGUGCGAUGCUUACGCUUAUGUGGUUUGAAAGGUGGAAACUGUGAUGAAAUUAUUAAUCGUUGUUGAGACUCGGAGAGGCACACUGACUAGCCGGGUCGGGCCUGGCUGGGCUGCCCGGGCUGCCCGCGCUGCCCGCGCUCCGCUCUCCGCGUUGCCUCCCUCCCUCCUUCCCUGCCUCCGUCCGCCCGCUCUUUGUUUACCGCGCAGCACAAAGAUGGCGGCCGCCGGCGCGCGAACUACCUUUCUCUGAAGGCACCGUGUGCAUUAAUAUGGGUCAGCAGGUGGCGUAGUGAUUAGAGCCGACGAAGGACUCGGGUCUGAAUCCCAGGCUCCUGCUCUAGUAUCCUUGAUCAAGUCAGAUACAGAGACACUGAAGGUCCAGCUGAGGGAGAUCAUGCCGUUUGAGGAGAUUAAGAAGAAAGGGAUGUUGGAGGUGUCGGCGAUGGAGGGGGAGGUGGGUCUGGUGGCCGGUCGCAGUCAGAGGGAGAAGAGGAGAUCCUACAAAGACCUGCUCCGGGAGGAGGAGGAGAUCGCGGCACAGGUGCGCAAGUCCUCCAAGAAACGACCAAAGGAUUCGGAACUGUUCUUGCUGGGUGGAGAUUCUCACAAGAAGAAGAAGAAACACUCAAGUGAAGACUAUUAUUACAAAGAGUACCAAGGUUCGGGCCUGCCUCCGCACAAAAAGAAACGAAAAUCUUCCGAUGGCUCCCUGUCCCUGUCCUCGUCGUCCUCCCUCGCUACCCACUCCACGGACACUGCCAUGGGACUGCUGCAAGCCAUCACUUCCCCAAUGGCAACGGGCUCAGAGCCCAACCCGCACCUGCACAAGAAGCCCUCUUACCCACCCUCCUCGUCCUCACAUUCCUCCUCUAAGGAGCGCAAACGUGACGGGGGGCUUGGAAGCAGCAAAGGAAGCCACUCUUCCUCCCACUCCCACUCUCACUCCCACUCCCACUCUCACUCCCACUCCCAUUCUCACUCUCAGUCCCGCUCGCUUACAUCGUCUUCGUCGUCUAAGAAGCACUCCUCCAAGUCGACGCUCUAUCUCAGUGGGGGCAAGAGCAACAGUGAGCCUCUGACCCUCAAGGAGGCAGAAGGGCUGAAAAUGAAGCUCAUCCUGUCACCCAAGGACAAGGGGGAAGGGAGCGUGUCUGAAGGCUUCCCUUUCCCCCCUCACUCCUCUUCCUCAUCAUCUUCUGCCCUCUCGUCAACCUCGGGAGUCAGGAAGGGGAGCUUGAAGAAGGACAAGGAGAGGGACAGGUUGCUGCUGUCAAAGGCGCCAAAGAAGAAGCAACACGGCAGGGAGCCGCUGCCCAUCGUAGGAGAAGAAGUGGAGCUGGAGGGACACUAUGGCGGAGGACUGAGCAUAAUGGCUGGUGAGAGUGCCUCCUCAGGGGGUGAACUGGAGGCAGGAGAAUUGGUGAUUGAUGACUCCUACACCCAGCUGACCAAGAAGAAGAAGAAGAGCAAGAAAAGUAAAAAGAAGAAGGAUAAGGAGCGGGAGCGAGAGAAAGAUAGGAGUGGCAGGGAGAAAAAGCACAGCCGAAUAGCAGGGAAGAAAGGCUCGUCUCUCCUGCUUUCCUCUGGGGACGUGUCUAGAAGUCACUCGCAUUCUCACAGUUCAGCCAAUCACAGCACUGGAGUCGGAAUUUAUGCCUUGUCCUCGCCAGUCUCCUCACAUCACCACCAGAGCAGUGACUCUCAGAGCGAUAAGAAGAGGAAGAAGGAUGACAAAGAGAGGGAAAAGAUGGAGCGGGACAAAGACAAGCCCAAAAAGAAAAAUAUGACAGCAUACCAGGUGUUCUGCAAGGAGUACAGGGUCAACAUCAACGCAGAGCAGCCAGGACUAGUCUUUGGUGAACUGAGUAAGAAACUGGCAGAGGUGUGGAAACAGUUACCUGAAAAAGACAAACAGGUAUGGAAACAGAAAGCUCACUACCUGCAGCACAAGCAAAACAAAGCAGAGGCCAUGACAGUCAAACGCAAGAGCUCUGUGUCUGAUGGGAAUAAAGUCAAAGUUUCAGUGAAGGUAACUGGAGGAGGUGGAGGAGCAGGAGGAGGAGGAGCAGCAGCAGUUGGCGUGACAUCUCCUAGCCGAGCGUCUGCUGGCGUGUCCCUGUCUCCAGCAAGGGUGCCUGAGGUGGACCCCAUUGAUGCAGCUGCUCAUCUGCAGCUGCUGGGAGAGUCCUUGUCGCUCAUUGGACACCGGUUACAGGAGACUGAGGGUAUGGUAGCUGUGUCUGGGAGUCUCUCAGUUCUUCUGGAUUCCAUCCUAUGUGCCCUGGGGCCUCUGGUCUGUCUCACUGCCCAGGUUCCUGAGCUGAAUGCCUGUCCACGACACAAUCUGUCCAACACACUGGACAACAUUGCUUACGUCAUGCCUGGCCUGUGAAGACUGCUAGGACAAUGGUGUGAGAUCAGGGACUAUACCAUGAAGAGAAGAUGUAUACGUUUUCCUCUGAAAGAGGACGGACUGUGCUGGAGGCUUGGCAUUGGAAGACCUUGCACUUUUCAGCCAGGCACUGGACAAACUUGGACAUUUCUAGUUUUACCUUGCUCUUAAUGCAUUCUUUUUCCACAUUUUUGUUUUAUUACUCUUAUUUUUUCAAUUAAAC